GUAGACUACACUGCACUGCUAGGAAAUACCAAGCCUAGGCGUUCAGUCUUGCUGCUCUAAAUCACUCUCUGACGGAAGCGAGCUAGCCCCAAAAUGCUCCGACGGGCUGCCACGCUCGCGGCUAGCACCCUGAAGGGUGCCAGCAACUCGGUGGCUGAGGCUGGCUCGCAGCAAGUCCGUCGCAUGGCUGGAGGUGGCGCGAACGCUUACCACCGGACAUACAAUGGCAAGCCGGUGCCGCCCGAGCUGCAGGGCGCUGACUACAUCACUUACGCUGGCGUGACGAUGAAGAAGGAGUUCCACUUGUUUGACACUGUCCUGUCAAAGCUCAUCGGCGCGGGCGCGACGUUCACCUGCCUGUAUCACUUCUACCUGAACGCGGAGGAGCACUGGCACGGUGACAUCUACUUCUUCGAGAAGGACGUGCAGCAGAAUGGCUGGGACGACGAGCACGGCCACGGCCACGGCCAUGCCAAGCACUGAGCGCGCAGGCUUGCACGCUGACACAGCACAGGGCAGCGGCGCAGCGGUGCGGUUCUUGAGGUGCUCACAGCUGUGGCGCGAGCGCUGUGUGAUGGAGGAGGGUGUACGUUGAGCACGCACAGGCGCACAUACAGCGACAGUGGGGGCGGUACCGUGGGGCGGUACCCAGGUCGCAGUUAACGCCCUGUUGACCACCAACUGUCAACUGUGGUGCCUCUGCCUGCGGUGCUUGAGGCCUGAUAACGGUAUGCCGCUUGUACGUUGCUGAUGCGCGUGAGGCUGCUGGUAGUGAUGGGGUGGUAUAGAGGCGUGGAGGCAUGUGCACGUCAGGGAGACGUGAGGGUUGGAUGGAAGGCGUGGGUUAUUGGGAAGGUUGCUGACAUGCUGAGAGCAGGUCGCGCCCUCACACGGCUUAUCAUGUAGGCUUGAUAUUGGACAGCGUAGAAUGGACUAACAGCGUGGCAGGUAGCAGUGGCUGCAGGGACAGUUUGCUGUGUGCAUGACAAAUGAAUGUUACAAGUAGCCGUUGCUUUUUAAGGCAGCAAAAGCCGUGUUAGGCGUAGGGCGCCCAAGGCAUAUGACGAGUUAUUAGUGUAACAAACUAUGAUUAUUUGCAUUGUUGGAUCACGUAUGUACAGUGUUCUGCACAUGCCGGAUAUCCGUCACAUCCCCUUCAAAUGCACCAUUUGAUCGCCUUCUAGCAAUGAGGUGGAGUCUCCCUCAGUCUCUCUCCCGGGCCUCCAGUAACUACGCUCCAAAGCAGAACAAAUGUGAGCUGGCCCCUCCGCCUCAAACACCAGCCAACCACACUGAACUCUAGUUCAAAUGCUGUGCUAAAAGAAUGCGAUGGUGGAAAGGUGUGCGCUGGCCGCACUUGAAACCUAGCCACCACCCGUAUCAUACAUGUACAUUCCGCUGUACCUCCAGGCGACUGUGGCACUUCCACUCCAACGCAUUUGGCCUGCUUAUUACGCGCAUGAGCACUACUUGCGAAUCACUCAGCACAGACACGGCGCGCCUGUUGCACGCCCUGCACCGGCUGCCUUGCCCAUCAGCCCAGCGCCGGCCGGAUCACGCAACGCCAGAUUGUCUUAUCCAGGCGACAAGACUUCCCUCUGUCAAACAAGAUCACCACCAUCGACGCGAAAUCCGACUCUUUCUCCAGCUUGCCAAGCAAGGCAUUGUGGCAAGGCAUCAUAGCACAAGGCAUUACGCGGCCGCCACGGGUGCGGGCGCCCAGUACUUGAUGGCUGCGUUGACGUAGGUGCUCUUGGACACCUGGGGAUAUAGCACGUGUGCAUGUGCGCGUGUGAGCGUGUGGUGAAGGAGGAAGCGAGUAUGUAUUGAUGUCAGUGUGUGUUUCACACACGAGGACCGGGUGUGGCU